GACGGGCCGAUACAGCCCAUGUCCCCGCCCCGCGCCAUUGCUAGGCGACGUGCGCUUUUGCCGCGGCGUGCUGCCCGCGAGGGCAGCUGAGGUGGUGGCGGCGGCGGCCGCCGCGUCGAGGCAUCGCGCGGCCGUGAAGGGUUCACCGUCAGUGCUGUUGGGUGCUUGGAGCCGCGGGCCCCGUCCCGAAAACUGUCCUUGACAGUGCCUGCGCGGCCCAAUGGCCGCCAGCGCGCGCCGCGUCUCCAUGGCGACGGUAUUUUCUCUGCGAGGACCCCGGCGGUAGGGCUGCCCCGCUGCGCCUGCUUGGCGCGACGCUCUAGCGGUUACCGCUGCGGGUUGGCUGGGAGUUGUGGGGCUGCGCGGCUGCCACGGAGCUAGAGGGCAAGUGGGCUCGGCCCAGCGUGCAGGGGACGCGGGCAGCCAGACAACGGGCUAGGCCCCGGGGCCUGCGGCGCGGGCGCUGAGCUGGCAGGGCGGGCCAGGGCUGCAUCCCCAUCUCCUCCAUCGCCUGCAGUAAGGGCGGCCGCGGCGAGCCUUUGAAGGGAAGGACUUGUCGGAGCCCUAACCAGGGGUAUCUCUGAGCCUGGCGGGAUCCCCGGAGCGUCACAUCACUUUCCGAUCACUUCAAAGUACAGCGGACCGAGGACACGGUUGUUACCAAGACCAGGCUGUUGCCUUGGAAGAGCCCAGAGCGUGUCAAGGGAGACAGCCACAUCACGCCAGAAAUACGUGACAGCUGGAUUAGCCCUGGGAGAGGGAGGCUCAGAUGUGGGAGCUCAGGGGAGGUGCAGCUCAACGUGGAGUUUGGAGGAGGCUACCUUGACUUCUGAAAGCCAAGUGGGAGCCAGCCAGAUGAAAGGGGUUAAUAACUACUAUUUAUAUGACAGAAGAAAAAGAUGUCAUUCCGUAAAGUAAACAUCAUCAUCUUGGUCCUGGCUGUUGCUCUCUUCUUACUGGUUUUGCACCAUAACUUCCUCGGCUUGAGCAGUUUGUUAAGGAAUGAGGUUACAGAUUCAGGAAUUGUGGGGCCUCAACCUAUAGACUUUGUUCCAAAUGCUCUCCGACAUGCAGUAGAUGGGAGACAAGAGGAGAUUCCUGUGGUCAUCGCUGCAUCUGAAGACAGGCUUGGGGGGGCCAUCGCAGCCAUAAACAGCAUUCAGCACAACACUCGCUCCAAUGUGAUUUUCUACAUUGUUACUCUCAACAAUACAGCAGACCAUCUCCGGUCCUGGCUCAACAGUGAUUCCCUGAAAAGUAUCAGAUACAAAAUUGUCAAUUUUGACCCUAAACUUUUGGAAGGGAAAGUAAAGGAGGAUCCUGACCAGGGGGAAUCCAUGAAACCUUUAACCUUUGCAAGGUUCUACUUGCCAAUUCUGGUUCCCAGCGCAAAGAAGGCCAUAUACAUGGAUGAUGAUGUAAUUGUGCAAGGUGAUAUUCUUGCCCUUUACAACACACCACUGAAGUCAGGACAUGCAGCUGCAUUUUCAGAAGAUUGUGACUCAGCCUCUACUAAAGUUGUCAUCCGUGGAGCAGGAAACCAGUACAAUUACAUUGGCUAUCUUGACUAUAAAAAGGAAAGAAUUCGUAAGCUUUCCAUGAAAGCCAGCACUUGCUCAUUUAAUCCUGGAGUUUUUGUUGCAAACCUGACAGAAUGGAAACGACAGAAUAUAACUAACCAACUGGAAAAAUGGAUGAAACUCAAUGUAGAAGAGGGAUUGUAUAGCAGAACCCUGGCUGGUAGCAUCACAACACCUCCUCUGCUUAUCGUAUUUUAUCAACAGCACUCUACCAUCGAUCCUAUGUGGAAUGUCCGCCACCUUGGUUCCAGUGCUGGAAAACGAUAUUCACCUCAGUUUGUAAAGGCUGCUAAAUUACUCCAUUGGAAUGGACAUUUUAAGCCAUGGGGAAGGACCGCUUCAUAUACUGAUGUUUGGGAAAAAUGGUAUAUUCCAGACCCAACAGGCAAAUUCAACCUAAUCCGAAGAUACACCGAGAUCUCAAACAUAAAGUGAAACAGAAUUUAAACUAUAAGCAUUUCUCAGGAAGUCCUGGAAGAUGGCAUGUAUGCAAAGUAACAGUUGCGAGGCUUCAAUGCCUAUCGUAGCAAGCCAUGGAAAAAGAUGUGUCAGCCGGGUAAAGAUGACAAACUGCCCUGUCUGGAAGUCAGCUUCCCAGACAGACUAUAGACUAUAAAUAUGUCUCCAUCUGCCUUACCAAGUGUUUUCUUACUACAAUGCUGAAUGACUGAAUGACUGGAAAGAACUGAUACAGCUAGUUCAGCUAGCUGGUACGGAUAAUUCAAAACUGCUGUUGGCUUUAAUUUUGUAACCUGUGGCCUGAUCUGUAAAUAAAACUUAACAUUUUUCAAUAGG